AUGAAAAAACUGUGCGCCAUAGUUACCUCUUCACGACUCAAAACACUCACUUGCUCCUCCUCUCCGCUGAGCAAGUCAUCCCUUGUUGUGUUAUGGACUUCAUCAUCAAGAGCUCCGCAAUUGUUUUUAAACUCGUAUAGAAAUUUUCAAACAACGUCAAAUCACAGUACUUCCAAUGAGCAAUUAAAAGAAAAGCAUGACAAUACAGUAUCAACACCAUCAUCAGAGCCAAUGACACCCGCAACGCAUAAAAAUGUAAUUUCCGAAGAAGAAGAACCAACCACUUCUAAUCAAAACAAUCAACGCAAUUCUCAUGCUAUUCCGAAAAGAAAAAUAAUUUCUUCUUCAUCAUCUCCUUUUAAAAAGCUUUCUAAAACAUUGCUUUGGGUUGUAUUGACUACAGUAGGAGCAGUAAUAAUCUUUCUUAUUUAUGAGAUAAAUUCUGAACGUUUGGAUUAUUAUGUAUCACCGACAAAGAUCAUUGAAAACAGAGAAGAGUUCCCGCCAGACCGUAAAAUUCGUGUGGGUGGUGUUGUGAAAGAAGAUUCUGUUCGUCAUCUUUCAGACAUCAAUUUGUUGACUUGUUUUACCAUUACUGAUUUAAAACAUGAUAUUGAGAUUGAAUAUAAAGGAAUAUUACCUGAUUUAUUUGAAGAAAAUAGCACAGUUGUUUGUGAAGGAUUUAUGGUGGGUCAUAAUAAGCUGAAAUGUACAAAUGUUUUAGCAAAGCAUGAUCAAAGAAAUGGAAUGCCUCCUGAAAUUGCCUAUGAAGUGGAGAAGAAUCGAAGAGAAUUGGAAAGAAAAAAACUGUAUGAAGAACAAAUGUUGUCUGGCGAUAAUGCAGCAUCCAAAUAG